AUGGCAUCCUACAUUAAAUCCAUUGAUGGACGUGCUUGGUUAGCUGUACUUACCGGAUGGGUUCCUCCUACCGUAGAAAUUGAAGGGGAGAAACAUGAGAAAAAUGAAGCCGAGUACAGUACGGGUGAGAGCACGUUGGCCAACUUCAAUUCAAAAGCACUCAAUGCAAUUUUUGGCACAGUCGAUGAGAACAUGUUUCGACUAAUCAUCACGUGUACUACUGCGAAAGAUGCAUGGGACACCUUGCAACGUCAUUGUGAGGGUUCGAGGGGUGUUUGUCAAACGAGGCUACGUCUUCUUUCCGCAAAAUUUGAGACUAUUCGAAUGCUCGAAAAUGAGAAUAUCUCAUCAUACACGGCCAAGUUGAUGAGUAUUGUCAAUGAAUGUCACUCCCUUGGGGACCCGAUCUCAAAUGAAAGGCUCGUGGAAAAAGUAAUGAGGUCUCUUCCAAAGCGCUUCAAUAUGAUGAUCACGGCGCUUGAUGUUUCGAAGGAUGUGACGACCAUUAAAUUUGAUGAUCUUGUUGGCUCUCUGAGGACGUUCGAGAUGAAUCUUGAGGUGCAAGAUCUCGAAGAAAAUAAUGCACCUUUCGGAAAAGGGAAGGGGAUCGCUCUUCAGUCGUUGUCCGAGAAUGAUGAUAAUUUUGAAAAUCUUGUUCGAGACAUGGAAGAGAAUGAGUUUGAUGAUGAAGGAGUAGCAUUCAUGACGAGACGAUUCAAGUCAUUAUUGAAGAAAAGAAAUACUCAAAGGAAUUACCAAGUCACCAAGUCUCAAAUGCCCAGGCCAUUCACUUCGUCCUCUUUAAAUCGUUCAAAUCCAACUGGAGACAAGGCAAAACCCGACAGUAGGAGAACGUUCACUCCCAAGUCGCUCGAGACCAUCCAAUGUCAUGCUUGCAAAGGGUAUGGGCACUAUGCGAAUGAGUGUGCCAAUACUUUGCGCAAAAGAGGAUUGAGUUUUAACAUUACCUUGAGCGAUGAUGAAGAGGAGUACGGACUUCCGACAAUUGCUACCAAAUAA